ACAGUGCCAGAAGAGUUACAGAAUGGAGGAGGUUUUGGCUAUGUUGUUGCCUUCCGACCAGUUGGUACAAUAAGCUGGAUGCAGACUGUAGUGGUUUCACCAGAUGCCUCCAAAUAUGUGUUUCGGAAUGAGAGUUUACCUCCAUUUUCACCGUACGAAGUUAAAGUUGGAGUGUACAACAACAAAGGAGAAGGUCCUUUCAGCUUUAUCACGGUUGUUUAUUCAGCCGAUGAAGAACCCACCAGAGCUCCCACCAAUGUCUUUGCCAAAAGUCUUUCUGCUUCAGAUAUAGAAGUCUUUUGGUCUUUGCUGCCAGAGACCCAGAGCAAAGGAAGGAUACAGGGCUACGAGGUUAGAUAUUGGAAACAUGGAGAUAAAGAAGAGCAGGCUGGAAGAAUGAAAACUAUGACCAAUCAGACUUUUGCAAAAAUCACCAACUUGAAGAGCAGUGCUUUGUAUCAUUUGGCUGUCAAAGCUUACAACACAGCAGGGAUGGGACCAUCCAGUGCCAUAGUCAAUGUGACAACCAAAAAGCCACCUCCAAGUCAGCCUCCUGGAAACAUUAUAUGGAAUUCAUCAGACUCUAAGAUUAUACUGAACUGGGAUCAAGUUAAAGCACAAAAUAAUGAAUCUGAAGUGAAAGGAUACAAAGUGUUCUAUAGAUGGAAUAGACAAAACAGUAUGUCUAUUAUAGAGACAAACAAAACAUCUGUCGAGCUUUCAUUACCCUUUGAUGAAGAUUAUAUCAUAGAAAUAAAGCCAAUCAGUGAUGGAGGGGAUGGCAACAGCAGUGAACAGAUUCGAAUUCCAAAGAUAACAAAUGCAUAUGCGAGAGGGUCAGGAGCUUCAACUUCAAAUGCUUGUACGUUGUCAGCCAUCAGCACAAUAAUGAUUUCCCUCACAGCAAGAUCAAGUUUAUGACAAAAAAUACUGAAAGGACUUCCUGUUUAUAAUAUAACUAAGCAACAUUUAGCUAGUUGUUUUGAAGCCACCCAGUACUAAGUAAUAUUGUUGUUCAAGUACAUCUUACUACUGGAAAAAAUGUUUUAUGCUUCUCUAGGAAUGGCAUUAUACAGUACUUUCUCAAAGCAAAUAUAUCUUUGUCUGAAGUUUCCUUGGAAACUCUGCAAUGCACUGAAAACAUCUGUAAUACGAUGUUACCAAAGCAGUUUACAUAUGUCCUUAUAUGCAUAUUUUUAUUAUAUAUUUAGUGUUUUAUAGACUUUUUUAAAGUUAAUAUAUGAUGUAGAUACUGAUUUCUCCCCCCCCCCUCUCUGCUAUGAAAUGCUAUUGAUGACAUUAUCAUUGCAUAAAUAUAUAGUUUGGAAUGUUUCAGGCCAGAUGGUCAUAAUUGUCAGUAACUGAUUUCAAAUUGAUUGUAUAAGUUGACAAGAAUGCACAAUGAAUUCUUUUAGCUUCAGUCCAUUUUUCCAGGGGUAUGUGUAUUUGUGUGUGUCUAUUUGGACAUGGAAAAUAUUCCCACAGGUAUUUAAUGAAGCCUGCAUUCUCCUUCAGGCCUAAAUUUGCUGUACUAUGCACAAUGCAUUACAAUGCUUCAAGAAAAGAAAAAUCACUUAUAACUCAACCUUUGCAUUGUGGUUCACUCUAAUUCCCACUGAAGAAGAAAGAUAGCUAGAAUAGCUAGAUGCUAGAUAACCACAACAAAGCAUAAACUUUAUGUUCCUUGCCAACUAGGACAGGUGUCUAGAGAAUGGGGCAGGCAAAAGGCAGACAGAAAAAAGAGAAAAAUCCCAGUAUAGUGGACAUACAAGACUGCCUUUUUAUCAGAUAAAUAAACCACAAGUAAAACAUGCUAUGCUUUUAGGUUUUGUGAAAGUUCAUAGCAUUCUUUCCCUUAUGAUAAUGUUUUGGUAACACAUAACAUUUUUUUUACCUGAAUGUACUGAUUUACAUUUCUAUAAAAUUGAAGGAACAAUUAUCAUUCAUUCCUCUUAGUGUCAUCACUCUUAAUGUAAUGAAUGCCAGACAUUGCUACUAGAUAGCAAAGGAUAAGAUUCUGAGUGUGGUGAAAAUCUGAAAGUUAUCAGUUCACCAAUUUGUUAAUCUUUUAUUUAAAUAAAUGAAUGAAAUUCUGCAUUUUCACCAUUUUAAUCAUGAAAUCUUGAAGACUUUAAAUGCUGCUUUCUUUACUAAAUAAAUUUAUUUUGACAGGUACAUGUAAUCUACAAUUCUUUAUAGAUUGAUUUCAUAAAUUAUCUGUGUUCUUCUAUAUUGAUAGGAUCUUACUUGGCUGGGGGUCAUUUUAAAAGUCUGAUAAAUAAUAUUCUGCAGAAUUUUUCUCUAAAAUUACUUUUCUUUUUAAAAACAAUUUGUAUGUCUAGAUAUAUCAUUGAAUUUCAAAUAGUUUAAUUCUGGGUGUUCUGAAUAUCAAGGUUUAACUUUCAGAGUCUGUCACAUCUACAUCUCUAUCAUGUUGAUAAACCCCCAAUUAAAAUAUGACAAAUGAAUUCUAAUCUUCAUAUAUUUUUUUUCAUGCUGUUGCUAUUUAUUGCAUUAAAACCAGUUCUGGAGCAGAGUUUGUUCAUACUAAUCCAGUGUCCUGUAAAUGCAUGUAGUUGCUGUAUUGCACCUACAAAUCUGCUUGGGCAGAAUUGUCUGCAUGCACAAGAACACUGGAUAAUUGUCAAAAAUUGCAAAAAAAUAUAUUAAUAGAAAAAGAUUUUUGUUACUAUGGGAAAUAUUUUGUAAUUAUGCUCAGAUGAAACAAUAAUAAUUCAAAUUAAAAUGACUUUUUAAAUUAUUUUCCCCAACUUUAAAAAUAUACUACUGAAGUUUAUAAUUUCUUCUUCUUAAUAGUUUAAAUCUUCCUCUAACUUGUCUCUUUUGCUUCCAAAAAGUACAAAGUAACUUUUAAAACAUUCAAAAUAUAUUUAUUAAGUAACCCAUAAUCAGGUUUCCACUUGUGUAAGUUAGGGAUGUUAAUCAGAGAAAUAUUGUCAGUAUUUCAAGCUGUGUUCCUUUCUUUGUUUGAUAUGGUUACUUCUAUGUAAAAACAAAAACAAAACAAAAAAACCCACAAA